AUGCGGCCAUCCCUCAUUUUCGGUCUAGCAAUCUGCAUCGACAUUGCUCAGGCCAAUACUGAGAAGGUCAUCUUUCUUGGGCCAGAGACUGUCAACGUACCGGCCACACCGCCCACGGUUGACGAUCUCCGCUUGGAUGCUCUGACUCCCGAUGAGUGGUCCAAGAGGAUUGAUCUUCCAGCUUCUUUUCCGACUCACGAGUCUCCCUCAGGAACGGUGGCUUGGCUGUUGCUCACAAACCUCACACAGAACCAGCGAUAUGAGCUGAGAGUUUGUUGGGCAGCCACCCAGCCUACCAUGUUCUCUCUCAACGUCUUUGAGCUGCCGGUUGUUUGGGAUACGCCCGAGCUGAUCUCUUCACUCGCGACAUAUGCAUUCUCCCGCCAACCCGACCUAAACUAUAGUAGCGAGGGCAAAGUUUCGCGAUCACUUGAACAGGAAACGGAAACUUCACUUCUGUUCCUUCGGAUCUCGGCUGCAGCAGACUACUAUACGGACGAUGCCAGGCUCAUGACCCACGUCCAGCCCGUCCAUGUCGACGUCAUACUCGAUCCUUAUGUGUUCAAUGCCUUGCCAAGGUCACUACUUCCAACUAUCUUGUACAUUGUUGCUGUCGCGGUGCUGGCCUGGUUUCUAUCUAAGCUCGUUCUUAUUUGGAUUCAGCCUGUACUUACCGCUGAUGGCAAGCCUGAGAAGAAGAAAAGGUUGUAA